GCCAUUUCUUAAAAGCGUAAAUAAAACCUCGUUCUAAUACAAAAGUUAUUGGAUUUGAUGGAUACCAGAUUUUAUUCAAAUUCCAAAAAGAAAGGGAAUUCUAUCAACAGUCAUUCAAGAUUAGUGUCACCUGAAAAGCAUGGAAACUCCAAUUCAGCACCAGAUCGCGAAAGGCGAGGUGAAAGUGCGAUGCGUGGAAUGAAAAUGCAUGAUUUAAAAUUUUUGGUUCAAGAAAUCGAGGAUGAAUGGAAAGAUCUAUGCCGUGAAGAUUAUCGUCCUAUAUCUACUGCUCUCGAGUUACUAGAUGAGGAUUCAUUUGGUAGAGAUCACAAGUCUUUCUUACGGGUAUACGAUAGAGUGAGUUCUUCUUUGCAAGCUGUCGCAGAUCAACACAAAGAUGAUUUUGCUCGAAGUGUGUCGGCAUAUGGAGAAAUUAUUGAUGGGAUACAAAGAUGUCUUGUUAGAAUUAAUACUUUGAAGAGUUCGCUGGAAAACUCUAGGCAGCAUAUUGGCGUUGCCAACGUCAAAGAUCUACAACAAGUAAUGACAAGAAGCUCACAGCAUCAAAAGAUUAUAGAGAUCCUUAAGGAAAUUAACGAGGCAAAUGAAGUGUUUGAGACAACCCCAAAAUUAUUACAAGCUAAGGAUUACUAUAAUCUUUGUAAUUUAGUUCAUCGCGUUCGAGAACGCUUAAUGCAUCCAGCAUUCGAUGGAAUUUUAGUCGUUGAACAAUUCAAAAGUCGUCUAAUUGGGUUGAUAUCUCAUCUGGAAGAUGUUCUAUCGGAUGACCUUAUUUCCAUCGUCUUUCUUAAAAAACCUUUAGCUUAUCCCAUCAUCUCUGCUUGCAGCUCUAGUUCUUUACGAAUCUCUGAACCUCUUUUUCUACGUAAUUUUUUAGCCGAACCAAAAACCGUUCUCAAGCGUGAACAACAUGAACAACUUAAUUAUUUACGAAAGUCUUUAUCAUUGGGGCUUCCAGAGUGUGUUGAGAUGAAGUUUGGCCAGGAUAGUUUUCGUGAUCUGCGGAUUAUCUUAGAAUCUCUAAAUUUACUAGGGAAACUACCAAAUGCAAUAUCCGCACUAAAAUCUCGUACUUCUGCUGAGAUUUUUUCAACUGUGGAUACUGUAUCUCGUGAGUUUAUUUCAAAAUACGCCCUGAGUACCAAAGAUACUCACGGCAGUAACCUACCUGGCUUUUUCGCUGAAUUUGAAUUAAGUGCUGAAUCGUGUACCAAUGAGAAAAUUUUGUCUGACUUUUUUGAAGAGCUGUUUCUAAGAUUCAGAUGCAUCGUUAUGCAUCAUCGCGGUGUUCACGAAUACUUGAUGAGCCCCGAAACCCAAACUGCUAUAGGCGCUUCUCAAUCCCUUAAAUCCAAUGGUGCCACUCAUAAGCAUUUCGUAGCACCGAAAAGCCCCGAAGUUGAAGCAACAGAAUUUCAGCCUUUUACUUAUGAGCCUUUAGUGCAAGCCAUGGAAGGUGAAUUGAGAUUACUGCUUCGUGAUUACCUGUUGUCAAAAAAUGAAACUGCAGAGAAGAUUGGAAAUGUCGAACAUAGCGAUGAGUUGUCUAUCUACAACCUUCCAGGCCAAAACCAGGUGGAUAAAUUAUUUGAUGUUACAAACGAGGUUGCCGUCGAAAAUGAAAGUACUUUUCAUAAAUAUGUUAGUAAUUUGGUAACAUCAGUUGCUCCCAGCUUUUUAGCUAAGCGCUCCACUGCUUCUGUUUCCACAAUUGAGCUUUUUUCUGGUUCAAAGGAUAUUUCUCGAUUAGCAGGUCACCCAAUUUUAGUGAGUCCAUCGAUAUUUCAUGCUUCUUCUGUGCUUUCUUCUACGGUGAGCUUUUUAGAAGAUGCAAUCAUAUACCUUGAAGAUUCACACUUCUCUCGAAAAUUUGCGGUCAAUUUUCUUACAGAAUUUUUGCAAGUUCAUUACGUACCACAGCUAUUCCGUUUUAUGACUAGUCAUCUUGAAAAGAUAUUCUCUGACGUUGAUUCUUUUCGUGUAUCUUCGAAUUGGCGAGAAUAUUCCAAGUUCCCCAUAUUUAAAUGCCAUAUUAAUGUUGUUGAAUAUUUACGAGAUUUGCAGGAUUAUCUACCAACUAUGUCCUUAAAUCUAAAUGAGUUUUACGAUUUGCUAAAGGAUCUCUUAAGCCGUUUUCAAGUCCGAUGCGCAGAAUACAUGUCAGACAUAUGUCGAUCCGCCUUGUUAAAAGAAUACAAGAAGUUUGAUGAUGAACAUGAAGAUAUCGAUGACACUCUCCGUUUCCGAAUGUUACAUGAUGAUCUAAUUUAUCCGCAGUUAAUAGGGCUUAUGAAAAAUUGCAAAAGGGAUUCGACUAACCUUGAUGAAAUAUGCAUGUCUGAAAACAGGCGAUUGCUGCAAUACGAAGGUCAGCUAAUUGCAGACAAGAAACUGCCUGUCUCGGUGCUUAGUGAGGAUUCAGAUUUAAUCGAACUACUGUGUUACUUCUACAAUUCUAUGGAGUGGGUUCUUCAAAGAUGUUUUUCAAUUUAUCUAGAACGGGACGAUUUAUCUGAUAUUUUGCGUCGAUCCCAAGUUAAUUUAGACGGCAGCAUUAUACCAUUUUCAAGAACGGACUUUAGUCCCACUGAAACCAAUUCACUAGAAAGUGUUUAUGCAGAUACUUUUGACAGACUUCAACAAACAAAGUUUGAUGCGCUACUAUUAAUAAGAAUGGAGAUACGAUUACGAUAUAUGAAUACUUUACAGGAAACUGUGACCCUCCCUGAUUAUGUCGUUGAAUACAGAGGCCGACCCGAUAGUUCUAUUGUACAUUUAAAUGCCACGAUCGUGUCAACAGUUUUAAAAUUAAAGAACUGUUUACCUUCAUGGGAGCACAAUUUUGUAAUCCAUGGAAUCAAUGGUUUUUUAGAUUUCUUGCUUUAUGCGAAGUUUUACAAAUUAGAAUCCAUGAAUCGAGGCGCAUGUUUGCAAAUGCUCAAGAAUAUGUCAACCAUGAUACAAGUGCUUAAGUCUCUGCAACCCAAAGUGCAAGAUGUUUCAUUCCCAAAGGCUUCCAAAGUGUUUGGAAUUUAUCAGAAUGGUGCCAAGAAGAUUAUUGAACAUUUUAUGGCUACUCCUUCCAUUGACUUAAUUCAAGACGUGAAACAAAUGGUUCGUAUUUAUUACCAGAGAUUAAUGAAGGAUGCCAAUAAAAGUGGAAGAGAGGACCUACAACGUCAGUAUUCUAAAAAAGUGGGUAUGAUAAUGACCCAGUUAGAGAAUGCUGUUGUUGCUGAUCAAAAAUAAACCAUUGCGUUUAUUAUAUAGACAGAACAAAGUUAAUGAUUCACGAUUAUUACUCGCGUUUGAACAAACGUAAUACUAAUUAAUUAUACAUAUCACAAGUUUACAUGCGAUGCACAUGCAUAUUUCUAAAAAAGAGUAAUUAAUUAUGAAAUCCUAAAUAACCCCCAAUUCAAUUAUUCACAAAGGGUGAACCAAUGACCAUUAUGUUUCUAUACUUUACAUAUUAAGCAUGUACAGUACGACAAGCAAAUUAUAAUUGCAUAGGAACAACAUCCGAAGCUCCAAAUCCCCGGCCACAUAUAGGACAGCGUCUUUGACGUGUUUCUAUUCUUUUUUGAAUACAUUCAUAACAAAAAGCAUGCCCACACAGUGAUAUUGCUGAAUUUUUCCAACGUUCAAAAUUGCAAACAGAACAUUUACACAUAGCUCUAUACAUCUUCAUUUCCUCUUCGGAUGAAGAUACAGCACUGUUGUUCAAUUUUUGCUUUUGCCAUUCAUGACGUUCAUUUCUUUUUUCCAAGGAAUCAAUAUUUGAUGAUAGCAUUGAUGACUGUUCAUUCAAAUCGGUUAACUCGGAUUUCGCCUUUUCAAUUAUUCCCUCUAAAUUAUUCACCUUCUCUUCUUGGCUAGCUAUCGAAAAAUUAUGAGUUGCUUGUUUAACUUGAAACUCAACCGAGUGUCUUGAAGACGUAUUUCGAACCUCCGAUAAUUCAGAGAUACUUUGUUCUAAUUUCACAAUUUCCAAGGUAAUCAAAUGUUGAGAAUGUAACAUUUUAGAGGUAAACUCAUCCGUUUUCUUGUAUUUUUCACGUAAUGCUUUAACCUCGGCAUGUAGACUAUCUCCAGAUUUCAUGGUAACAAAAUAUUUUUGCUCUGCUUUAUCCUUUUCGAGUUUAUAUCUAUUAAUUAAUUCUUCCAAGCGCAAAUCAUUUUUGUUUAAAACUUGUUUAUUAGCUAGGCGGAAAGCCCGCUCGGUAUGAGCCAAUUCUUGAGUUAAGAAUUUCGAUAACUCUUUUUGAAAAAGCAAAGAUUUCUUUCCAUUUUCUAACUUAGUAGUAACAGAAUCUUUUAAUGAUUCCGUCUUUUUCUUGGUUUCUUCCACCUGGAGAUCUAGUUCCUUAAGUUUAUCUACUUUUUCGGUUAAGGAGCCAGCUUUCUCAUUUAGGCCUGCUUGUUUUUUUUCACUUGCUUUCAAAAGAUCUUCUUUAGCUUGUGCAAUUCUACGUUCAUCUUUCUGAAGUGCGGCAAUUUGCGUGUCUAAAUCAUACAAUAUGGAAUGGUAAUGUGACCUAGAAGAAUCAUCGAAGUUCCGUUUCUGUUGCAGAAAAAAUUCUUUAUCUUCAAAACAUUCGUUAUGCAAUUGUUGAAGGACCUCGUAUUGAGCGGACGUCAAAGUUACAACGUGCAUUAAAUUCAAUAGUGAAGGGCUUUUCUGGAGAUGUUCCCAGUCAACACUUCCAAGCUCAUUUUUUCGCUUAAGAAUGACAUUGUCAAUCUCAUUCAAUUUGGAAUCCAUAGAAGACAUCUGCUGAGAAUAUAAAUUCAUUAUGACUUGUUGCUCUUCUUGUAGCCGGGAAAGCUCUUGCAACUGAGAUUGCUGCCCCAAAGCUUCACCAACAGAAGUACCGUUUUCCAUUCCAUUUUUUUGGCUUUCCGUUUUCGCAGAGGGAUGCGAACUUACGGAUUCAUUAAUGCAUCGUAAUGUGUAACUACUAGACCGCUCGGGAAGUUUAAGAGCACUAUGCAGGCGAUCUUCUGUAGAUUGGAUAUCGUUCAUUACUCUUUCUAUUUCGGAAUCAAGAGUCUCUUUACGUUCACUUAAUUGGGAAUUAUCUUUUAUGGGAAAAGUGAAAGCAGACUGAGAAUCGGUUGAUGAAGAUAAUUUCUCCAAGAUUUCUGAAGUAAAAGAUUCGUUUAAAAUUGCUCGAAUUGCAGAUUGGUCAUUUUCAAGCGAUUUCUUUAUAUGUUCCAUGUCAGGAAUCUGCUCCAAGAGCGCAAUCGACUGUUCAGUCCCAAAAUCAGCAGACUCGCGAUUUUGGAAAAUGCUAUAAAACUGUUGAGCUAUUAGAGGCCACCAACUGAGGAGAAACGCGAUGUGUCGUAAUUUAUCAUAGAGUAUGGUCUUUUGUUUUUCCAAGCUGUUGGAUGACGCUUCAUAACAUCGUCGGCUUGUUUGUAGUUGUUCCAGAAGGUACUUUUUUGAAACCUUAUUUACCUCAUAAUAGUCAUCCUCCUGCUCUGAAAAACCUCGUUUUUGAUGAAGUAUCUGUCCUGCACCAGACUCAUUUUCACUCAUUGUCAACCAGUACAAGCAUUAAUAAAUUAUAGUUUGUGAUAAAUAAAAAAACCAAUACUCGA